UUGCGGCCGCUCUGACUGCACCCAGUCGGAGCUAACGCGUUCAAUCCCUACAUUCUCGAUGGUUACGUUGCGGUCUGUAGUUAACGGAGAGAAAGCGGUGAGUUGAAGGACGGCUCCGUUAAUCUGCUGGUAGAUUUACUGGCACUGCUGCUGCACGAGCCCUGUCGGUAACGACGGCGGCAGCCGGAGGAUGAGAGCGCGAGCACUGCAGUAAUGAUGCGUUUUAUUCUGGACUGCCUGAGGACACCGAGAGCGAGAAACCCCAAGGAUGAAGGUGGCCAGUGAUUGUGAUGAAGGGGGAGGAGGAAAAAGAGGAGGAGGUGAGAGAUGCGUGAGGACUAGAGAAGCAGCACGAUGGUAGGAGGGGAAAAAAACAAGGAGGAGGACAGACAAGAAGGGAGGUGACUAGAGAGGAGGAAAUAGAUUCUCCUAUGGAUGGAUAAGCCUACUCGCCUGCCUUCACUCUGACUCAUCCCCCUCUCUCUUCCCAUUCUCACAUUGGUGCAUUCUGCCUGUAUGCAUCGAUCACCACACAUAGACACACACACACACAUACACACACCCACACGUUCACAGAGGCAGCUCCGCCUCCUCUGCAGUGUAGCGACAGCUAGCGAGGGCAGCAAUGGAGGAACCAGCAGUGCAGCAGGAAAAAAUAGAGGGAUCAUGGGAAGGAGGACAUGAUGGAAGGAAAACAGACUGGAAGAAUGAGUGCUCUCUCUCCUCCCUCCUUAAACACUCCUGUCUCCUCUGCUGGUCGUCUCCCAGGGAUACAGACGUCGUGGAAACGGAUGAGAGAGUCCUCGCGAAGGCAGCCGAGAUCAGAGUAAGAAGACCGCAGCACCUAGCGCUGGAGCUGGAGAAUGCAGUGGCUGUGGAGAACAUAGAGCUGCAGGAACAGCAGUCGGAUCGCAAGGAGCUGGAGGAGACUCUGGUUAAAUUAGAGAAACACAAAGAGAAGCUGGUGCAGCAAAUAAAGACAACCAGACAGCUGUGCUAUGAAGAGAGCCAACAGAUCCUGUCUCUGCAGGCGGAGGAAGUGAAGAAGGAGAGCCAGGUGGAGGAGUAUGAGAGGGAACUUGCCAGAGUCAGAUGGAGGUUGAGGAAGCUCAGAGAAGAGGUGAAGCAGGCCAAGAAGAAAGUGGAGGAGGCUGGGGAGAGGAACACUCCUCUGCAAGACUCCAUCAGACAGUCCUAUGAAGAGAUCCUGCAGGAGGAGAACACUCUGUAUUCUCUGUCAGGAGGUGCAGUCACUCCAGAAAGCCAGUUGGAAGAGUCAACAUCUCCUGCAGACACCACUGAAGAUGAUCCACUUCCUAUGAGGCCCUGGGGAAGGAGCCAAUCACUGCCCGCCUAUGCUGACCUGAUAAUGAGGGCCAGUGGUUCGUCUUUCUGCAAUAAUCUCGCAGACACAAGAGAAGAAGUAGACGACAGUGGGACCAGCUCACCAAAGGACAGAUCUGACUUAGAGGAUGAUCCAGAGGAGGGGGAGAUCAACAAUGAAGGGGACAGAGAGAGAGAGAAGGAAGAGUCAACUAUGAACCCAAACCCUCUCACCCAACUGGACUUCUACCAAGCUGACCCCUUCGCUCACUGUCAGAGUGACCAUGACCUCUUCAAUGAAGACCUGUUCCCUAAAACUGAUUCCUCUGGUGGAUUCGCUUCAGACCCUUUCAAAGGCAGCGACCCCUUUGCAUCAGAUAUUUUGUUCCCAGAGGCGAACGUUGGCACUGAUGAGGGGGCAGGGACUGUCGGUGAUGAGGUGGACACUAGCCUGUCCUGUGCUGAAAACAAAGCCUCAACAGGAACUCAGUGCUUUGAGUCCGAAUUCCCGGACGAAGACAGCGACAUAGAAAUUAGCUACAGCAGAGAGGACCUGGACGCCAUCGCUGUGGUUGAUGAAUCUUGCGGGUUUAAACCCAUUCAGAGCUCGUCAGAGGAGCUUGGGCCGCAGCCCAUCCACGGCUGGAGGUCCCAGGGUCAGUAUUCUAUAGAAUCAGACCCUAAUGGGUACGAGCUGGACCUUGGCGCUGUCUCUCCUCCCUCUGACAUAGAAGAACAGAGUCUCGGAUCUCUUGCUGGAGAGACUACCACUGAGGCAACAGCAGGACUGGAACAAGGUCUGAAGUCUGGUUCAGCUCAGGCUGUGACUGAGCUCGGUGAACAAGUCCUUUUGGAACCAGAUUUGACAGGCAACACAGACCAAAAUCUGUUCCAUUAUGUUACCUCCAGUCAGGGGGCAGAAUGGGCUGGCCACAGUGAAGAGGAACCCAAAAAUCCUGCGACUCCCCAAAACUCCCUAGACUCUCAGAACCUCUUCAUCCAGCCCGACUCAGAUCACAACAGAGAGCUUAGCUUUGAGUUGAGCUAUGAACCAACUAGUCAGUCUUCCUUUGACCCAUAUGGUUUUAAACUCAGUCCAGAACAUUCUAGUCACACCCUCUUAGACCCUGAUGAAGCUGAACUGAGCCCAGAACCCCCUGAAAAUGAUCUGACCUUUGACCCUGAGCCCACCUCCUCUCAACCAGACCAACUAAACUUUGAUCGCUAUGGAUUUGACAUCACUUCCUCCCAAAUGGUACGGGACUCUGACCCUUAUGGCUUUAAGCUCAGCCCUGAGGAAGAAAACCAAGAGGUACUGGACCUUGGUGGCCAUGAUAAGCAGGAGGCAAUGGACCUUUGUUCUUAUGACAACAACAAGCAAGAAGAACCCUCUAACUAUAGCAACCAGGAAGUACUGGAACCUCAUACCCAUGAAAACCAAGAAGUGCUUGAACAUUGUAGCCACAAUAACCAGGAACUGCUGGAUUUGUGUAACAAUGGAAACCAAGAAGUGCUGGAACCUUUUAGGCUUGACAACGCAGGGUUAGUUAGCCAUCAAAACCAGGAACUCCUGGAUCUCUGUAGUCAUGACAACCAGGAAGUGGUAGAACCCUAUCGCAAUAUCACCAAUGAGGAACUACUUGAACCUUGUAACUAUGAUAACCAAGAAGUGCUGGAACCUUGUAGCCAUGGCAAUCGGAAACUGCUGGAUUUCUCCGAUCCUGAAAAUCAGGAAGUGCUGGAUUUAGAUAGCCAUGGUAACCAAGACUUGCUGGAUUUUGGUAGCAAAGAAAAUCAGGAAGUUCUAGUUUCAGGUAACCAUGGCAACCAGGAACUCCUGGAUCUCAGUAGCAGUGAAAAUCAGGAAUUGCUAGACUUAGGUAGCCAUGACAACCAGGAGGUGCUGGACUUGUUAAGUAAGGAAGUUCUCCCCGAAGCAAACAAUAACCAGUGCAUUGUGGAACCAGAGCUUGAUGUCAGUCCCACCAAUAACAGCUCAGACAGUGAUGUGGCAUCAGAGGACCUGCUGGGACUUGAACUCAGUAACACUGGUAUCUGCACUACCAACAAAACAAACACCAGUACUGCCGACACCCUCAACAUGGCCGUCAGUAACAUGCCUGCCAACCAGGACAUUGCACCAUCCAAUGCUCCCACUGGUCACAGCUUGUUAGAAGGUGAUCUGGGUUCAGUAUUCGGGGCUGGAGGAUACAUUGGUUGUCCUGAUGUAGCGGACGACCUAGAGCCUCUGGAGAGAAGGAAGCCAAACCCAGUAGCAGAGCCAGCACAAUCAGUCAAACCAGUUAGGCCUCCUCGGCCCUCGCUCAGGGCCAAGGAGAAGGCUCAGUCCCAGACUCAGGGCAUUGACCUGAAGUGAUCUCUUACCAACUAUCGCUCAUGUGGGGGUUACCAUGUCAGCAAGGCUCCCAUGACAACAACGGCAACAAAAGAGUUGAAGUGGAUGAGGAGAGAAGUAAGAGGUCGGGCGACUAAGUGGAUACAAAGGGGGAUGGAGUGAAGGAGGGCUGAUUCAAUAGACAGGAGGGAGAGAUCAUUCUGCUGUUCUUUAUUGCAAUAACCCUAGUUUCAAAUGUUUUCAUGUUGCAAAGGGACAAAUUGAAGUCAGCAUGGAAAGAUGAGAAGUAGGCAAGAUGUAAAAACUAACAAACUGACUUCAGAAGAUUUAAUGAUUACCAUUAGGAAAACCUGAUUGGCUUGAAACAAGUCAAGGCUGGAAACAACUGUAUAAAAAUGAGCAACUUCCUUUGAGGUCAGUCUUAUUCCCUAGUGUUUUAACCCUAAAUGAUGGUUGUCAGUCAGUCAUAAGGGUUGAGAUUAUCUGUUAUUUAUUUACAGUAUCAGCUGCCAACUCACUCCUGUGUCCUCUGAGUCUCUUAGUUAAGAUCCCCAUCCUCUGCAGAUUGGCAGUUUUGAAGGGGUAAUUAGUCCACAGAAAAAAUAAUCUCUCCUAUGUUGAUUUGAGCUUUAGUGUUGGAGCAUGUGUAAGUGGACUUUGUGUGACUUUGUCACAUAGAUAAAAUGUAUAUAAAUUAUACUUAUACUCAGCUAUUGUGGUUUUCAGAUUAUCUAGUCAAUUAGUAGUUUUAGGUCUAAGUUGGAUGAGAGCUGUAUAAAGAGUUUGGUCAGGUUGUACAGUGAAUGCAUAUCUAUACCAUCACCAUGGUAAGAUGUCCAGUGUUUUUUAGUCAUCGGUUACUUUGAGGUACUCCUGAAAGAGUACCUUAACAGCAGGCUUAAAAGCAGUGUUUCACUGCCAUCUCUGGCUCAGAGUUGCAAGCCUGUUUCACCUCUGAGCAUGUGGUCCAAAGUGUGCUUUGUUGCAUCUGUAGACACACUAACAGGGAUGUCAUGGCAUCCUGCAGUACACCUGCACAUCACUGCCCAAAGGUGAGAAGUUAAACCACUGGAGGUCAGCAACAAAAGAUUUUCAUGAGGCGUUAAGUUACUCUUUAAAGCGUUUUAGCUUCUGAAGUUCAUACUUGAACAUUAUAAUCAGUAGCACUAAACGAAUGGACCAUUCCUGAAAACUGUCAGCAUUAAAUGGCCUCUACACUGCAUUUUACCACGUCAGUGUCCCAUUUCCAUAUGCUAUACUAAUACUUCACAGUAAAGACUAUGCACUAAUGAUGACUGUGCACCAUUUUGGUAGUUAGUCUGUAAGACAUUGAUUACCUUAAUUGUUUGCUACUAACACAAAAGGACAGGUGUGAAAGGCACAAACCGAUAUAACACUGCAACUCUCAAAGACUACUGCCAAUUACAAAGAAUAAAACAAAACAGGGUGCAAAAAAUGGAAAACAAAUUUAGACGAUGUGUUUUCUGAGCUGCCACUGGAGUCUUCACAUCACUGUCUGCAGUUUUGUUCAGAGACAUCAAGCUAUUAUGUUGUAUUGUGGGGCAAGAAUGUCCAUCUACACAACAGUCAGACCAUUAGAAAAACAAUUUAUUCAUGUUUAGUAUUUAUUUUACUUUGAUAAGUGUGACCACACUAAAGCGCAGGUAGAAUUAGCGGUAACUAUAGAUAAUAUGUAUUCAUAUACCAAAAAAAAGACAGAAAUGCUGCAGAUUAAAAACAGUGUCUCUGUUACAGUUUGUCUACCAAAGAGCACUGUAAAAUGUCCCACUCACUAUUUAUUUGAUCCCCAUCAAAUAUGUUGAUUUAAAUUAUGCAUUCAUAUAAAAACAAAAUAUGGCAUUUGCAUCAUUUUUUAAACUCUCAAACAUUAAUUUUGGAACCGAUCUCAAAAAUCCAUUGUCAAUUGGGCUACAGUACUUGUGUUUACAGUGACUAUGUUUACAUGUGCAAAAUAUUGAAGUUGUUGCUUUUAUUCCUAAAAAUACAAUAUUCCCACUAAGGUCUUUACAUGACUAAUGAAAAUGAAUAUUCCACAAAUGUUUACAUGCAGCCAUGCAUACUCUGAUUAACGUGUCCUAACAUGUCGUUUAUAAUGUCAAAAUAUGGAAAAGUUGAACAGCUGGAGCUGCUUCUGCCAUUUUGUUUCUUUGCUUAAAUAUAGGAUUUUUUUCAAAGUUUUCGAUUGGUGGUGGAUUUGUUGGGAUGUGUGAGCACAGCCUUCCUUUUGUUUUUCCUUCAACCACCUUGAAAAGUUGGGCGUUGUGAUAUUUGCAUAUACUCAACAACCUUUUCUUUUGGGCAUGUAUCUCUACACAAGCAUUCAAACUGUUGCUAGUAAGUUUGUGUACAACACACAGAGCUGACCAUGUGUCCACAAAUUGUUAAAACAAUGAGGCCUAGAAGCUCUUACGCUCCGAGAAGAGGACGAGAUCAGCCACCAUAUAACGGGGACAGUAAAUGAUUGUUAUAGCCAUGUUAUGCCAUUGUUAUAGUUUAUAAAGUGCUGCUGACGUGUAUGUUAUAUGUCACACUCAAGGCAAUCUCUGUUUAUAAUGGGCUACAAACUGCAGUAAAACCCCACUCGAGACGCAUGUUCUGAAUGCACUGUAUACAUGUAGAAAGAAAGCUCCUAAAACCUAAACUAAUACUGGCAUAUCCCACAUGUCUUACUUGGAAAUUGCUAAAGGCCUAAUUCUGAAUAUCCAAUGGAAUAUGCCUUUUACAUGAUUCAUAUCAAAUACAAACAAUUGUCAAAUUCAGAAUAAAAGUGGAAUUUUAGUGCGCAUAUAAACAUAGUCACUAAAUCAAUUUGUCUCACAGUAUUCACCAACAGGAAAUCAUACAAGAUUUUAUGGAAUGCCACAGUCAGUGACACUUUGUUCUGGAGCUGAUACACUGCUUUCCUGUUUCAGUUGUGAGAAGCUUGUUAUUUUCCUUUGUACAUUGCAUUUUAGGAUGAUCAUUUACAUCAACAGUACACUCAAAAAACAAGCUGAUUUAGUGAGCUUAAUGACACCUUUGAGCAUAUUUACAGUAAUUUAGUGUGAACAUGCUAUAUACUCUAAACCUGCAUAGAGUUAGUAUGAAGUAUGGAACUGGGACACAGCUAGAAAAGGUCAGCAGGUCGGAUCUGGCACAAAGUAAGGGCGCAGUUCACCCAGUGGAAAUGUACCAAAAGCUUUCCUAAGGCCCAGACGCACCAAACUGACAUCAAAGAACUAGUGAUUGGAAAAGCUGAUUGUUGCGUUGCCUCACAUUGGCUGUGUUCUCGGCCAAAAAGUUGAAUGUGAACGCACUGCAAGGACUACAGCCAGUGGCCAACCAGCAUGUACGUUCUGCACCUGGGUGGGAGGAAAUAACUCUCCAUAGCAGCAGGCAGCGGUAGUCUGUAUUCGUCAUUCAAAAAGGGAAAUCGAAAGACAAACAGGACUGACUCAAGAUGCUACUUAGCCAGUUAGCACAUUAACAACACAACCAGGUGUUAAAAGAACAAAUGAUAUUUACCAUGUGCUAGUGAACAAUACCACAAACAAUUUCUGCGUUUCUGCUAAAGCGCUCAAUGGCUGAAGAAAUAAUCUUACCUAAUAUAACAGGUUUGUUUGGAUCUCACCCCCUUUUGACUUUAGCUCUUUGUUUACUUUCCUCCCUUCUGCUUCUCUUCUUGUGCGCUGAGCUGAACUGCCAAUCAGAGUGAUUUUUCUCACCGCCUGGUUCUGCCAUCUCUGUUUCAUCAUGCUGAAUCAGCCUAAAAAAAUCUGACAAGGGCCAACGAGGGCCAAUGGUACAAGACACGCGGCAAAAACUAGGACAGGAGUCCUAGUUUUUCGACUUGGUGUGUCAGGGCCCUUGCAGGCAAGGAAGUUCUGAUAGGCCAGUGAGAAAAUCACUUACAACAUGUUUACCCUCAUCAAACCAAAGACAUCAGAGAGGGGGAAUGAGCAAAGAUAGAAAUGGGCUAUAUGGUAAAUGUAGUCCUAACUGCUUUGCCACCAUAUACUCAGUUUUGGCUGCCGCUGAGACUGCAAAGUCCAAUCUAUCCGUCAAUGUAUGGCUCUGGGUGAGGAGAGUAGUUAAUCGUGCUGGUUUAAUGGUGUUGUAUCAUAUAGUAAAAUAUUUUCUGUCAUUCUUUUGUUAAACCUGCAAUAAGUGUUUGGGUUUUUUUGCCACUUUAGAACAGAAACAAUUUAUGAACACGAUAUUGAGGCAUCAUGACCUUUUUAGCUGAUAUGAUUAACAGAGGGAAAUAUCUGUCUCUUUAGCUGCUAAAUGCUCCGCUAUGUUCACCAGUAACUGUGUCUGCCUGCUGUUUGAAGCUAUGAGAGCAGUGCGAGUGAACCAGAACAGUUAAUUUGCAGCUGGACAGUGAAAGAAUGAACUGAAACUCACUAUAAAGCUGUUUCUGCUUGCUGUAAGAAACAGUCCACAACUACUGUGUAACCAAUACAUUUUAUCCUCUGGGCUGCAAAGCACUGUACAUUCAAUAUACCAUGUAACCAGUUCGUACAGAUACAGUGACAUAUACAUAUAUAGAAUUAUGCUUAUAUAAGAUGAAGGAUGUGAAUAUUGGUGUGUCCUAUGCACAUGAUGAAUAUACAGUAUAACCCAGAUGACAGUCUACUUUCACACUGGAUCAGACUCAGCAGGCUCUGAAGAAACAUUUAAGUUAACAUUAAGUUUCCGUUCACACCUACCUCAUUACUACUUUGCCAUGAUUGCAUGACAACACUGUGAAUCCUGUAAGAGCAAACAUUCUGUGAUUUUUGACACUUUAUAAACAUGUGCAGUCAGGACGAUGCUAACUCAUGUACACAUUGUAUAACCAAGACAUAAAUGUAUGAGAGGGCUCAGUGAGAUAGAGAUGACAUUGUGCUGGCUUUACAGGAAGAAGAAAUGAGUUUGUAACAGUAAAUCAAGGGCAGAACAUUGGUUACAGGGUCACAAUGAAACAGGACGUCUUAGGGGUCCUCCUCCAGAAAAACAAAGUUGCAAUUUCAAUCCCAUUUUCUACAUUUCUACAUACAUUUGUUGACCACGGUAACCAAAACAAAAUCCGGGAAAUAAGUAAGUUGGUCAUCAUACUAAAUUCUGCCACAAUAUGCUAAAUAUGCCCCUCCUAUGUGGCAUUUUUGGGGGUAUAUCAGAGGAAAAUCAUCAGCUCAAAUGACCCUUGGCUAAGCUCCACCCUUUGUAAUGGUCCAUCAAGCUGUCAGAGUUAGUAUGGAGUCAACACUGUAACUAACUGCACUCCCUAAGGAAAUAUUUAAUUAAUAUAUCAUUUUUUGGGAAAAUCUAAACAGAUUUCAGAGAGAAGCAGACAGAAAGGUCUACAAUAUGUGUCUGGAGCGUAUAGAAAGGGUAAAAAAUUACUCUGUAAAAUUCACUCAGCAGCAAAAACAGGUUAAACAUAAUAAGAAAGUUAGAAGCUAAAGCCUAACUAUGUUACUAACUAUGUAAAAGUGAACCACCAAAUCACUGGCAAUCAAGACAGAGGACAGCGAAUAAAAAGGGAAACUAUUCCAAUAUUCAACCACCUGUGUGUCAUCACAGUGUGUGCAGAUGAAAGGUGCUUGGUUUUGGAAACCUACAGUAUGCCGCCACCGGCAGGCAGGUUGGGGAGCUCCGUGGGCAGCUAAACAUCUGCACACACUGCAACGACGCAGGCGGCUGAAUAUUGGAAAUAUCUUCCUGUAGGUCUUUCUUCACUGUUAUGAUAAUUAAAACGUAAAAGCAGCAUGUGUAUACAUUCAGUGGGCUAUACCUUCAGUAGCUAGCUAGACAAUCCUACACUUUUCAAUGUUUGAUUUUUUGUUUUUGAACGGGGAAGAAACAUAAAUCUCCUUCCAACCUCUCCAGGUAAUGAGUAUCGUUAACACUAAGGGUGGGGGGAAAUCGAUACAGCAUAGUAUCACGAUAUUUUUGUGUGACAAUAUUGUAUCAUAACACAGUGACAAGUAUCAAUUUUUUUAUUAUAUGAAUUAUUAAUAUUACAAAAACAAAUUAUUUUAACUUAUUUUAUUUUAUGUUUAUUUUAAUACCACUGUAUUAUUGUUGAUGAGGGGAAGUGUGAUUGUUGUUUUUUAUUAGCUGCUGGACAGUUGAAUUUCCCCUCAGGGAUGAAUUAAGUUCUUUCUAUUCUAUUCUAAACUUUAGGAAGCCUACUUUGAUAAUAUAAUCUGUUGCUUUUUCAGUCCACGAGAUACAUUUAGAUGCAAAACAAUGGCUGAGGUGAGAUGAACAGACUGAAAACUUGAUGUUAUUAGAUACUACAGAUGUUUACAAAGUUUUCCUAUGGGAUCAUUAUUUGUAGUUUAAAACAGGUAAUAUAUCGCAAUAUAUUUUAUCGCCCCAGACACAUUAUUUAGCAUGAAACCCACAAAAAAAAGCCCUAAAAUGAAGGAAAUCUGACACAAUUGCAUUCAAUUCAUACGGAUUACUGUUAAUUUAUUAUGCUGAUCUGUUCUGUACGACAUCUAUUGCACGUCUGUCCGUCCUGGAAGAGGGAUCCCUCCUCAGUUGCUCUUCCUGAGGUUUCUACCGUUUUUUUUCCCCGUUAAAGGGGUUUUUUUGGGGAGUUUUUCCUUAUCCGCUGCGAGGGUCAUAAGGACAGAGGGAUGUCGUAUGCUGUAAAGCCCUGUGAGGCAAAUUGUGAUUUGUGAUAUUGGGCUUUAUAAAUAAAAUUGAUUGAUUGAUUGAUUGAUUGAAGUCUAUGGAGCCGUGUUGUUGUCGGACCUUUGUUAGAGCUGGCUGAUGCUACGAUAUGAUUGGCCAGUCUGUGUUGCAGGGACGGGACUUAACAAAGGGUCAAUUCACAUUCUCAGCCAGGAUCUGACAGCUGGCCAAACAGUAACAUACUGAGCACGAUUUACGUGGUUAAAAAAAAUAUACGACUUUGAAAGUGGGUGGGGCACAACCUGGAGCCCAGCGGUUUCUUUCAAAAGAGGCUACUUGUUGCUGUUCUUAGCUCUUGUGCCAAAGGUUGUUGAAUAUGUUUAAUAUUUUGUGUGAUACAGAGAUCAUAUCCUUCUAGGAAUUUGUUUGGUUGGCAACACUGCUGUAAACAGGAGGACGUUGUUAAAAAAAAUUUACAAAAUUCCUCUAACACAACUUACAAUAAUAAAAUACUGUUCUUGUGCAAUACUAAUACUGAAUGCAUAAUUUACAUUAUUAGAGCCAUAAAAUGGUGAGAGCUGUAUAUGUCUCAUGUCUACAGAGAAAUGUUUCUGUCAUUGGAAUUUUUUUUGCACUCUCUGCUUGUUUCUGCUUUAUUCUAUUUUAAAUGUAUUCACUCACUAUUUAACAAUAUCUGUCCAUAAUGAGGACCAAAUGAUAUCACUUAGCAAGAAAUAUUUGAUUGUUUUCAGUACUUAAGAGAACUGUACAAAGAAUUUAAGAACAUUUCACAAUUUUCUGCCUAGAGUUUCCUCUUAAAGCACGAGAGAAAUAUACAAGUGUUCCAAAUCUGAGUUGAGUGAAAUCUACCUUCCACACUCCAAAGCUAAGACACGUUUCUGACUGAUAACUGCAAUCUGUUUCCUUCUUCUUAAAAUGUUAAAAUAUAUCACUGUACAUAGGCACAUGUAGCACAAUAAACAUCUCAUCCUGUUCACUGUAACAAAAAAAAGGACAUGACCAGGUUGUUUAUUAUUUACAGUUGAACUAUUUAUUAUUGCUGACAUACUUAUUUAUUUUUUCUAUUGACUCAUUUUUGUAUUAAUUUAUGUACAGGCUGUUAUUAUAAUAUAUGUUACAUGAUGAAGACAUGGAGAUGAGGAGAACAUUAUUUGAAGGAGUUGUCAGAGCAGUGAUAUUAAGAGAGAUUCAGAGAGGAUAAAGUUGCUUCUGGAGCUUUUCAUCCAUUCAUUUUCAUUGCAGUGUGUGUGUGUGUGUUUUCUAUAAUGUAUGCUCUAAGCCAUGGUUGAGUGAAAUGAUAUUCAAACAAACUUCUGUGUUUUACCAUGGUGAAGCCAUGGUAUUCUUGUUAUGAUAAUACAUUAAUGUGUGAUAUUGUAUAUGUAUGUGUUGCUGUCUAAAUGUGAGAUUCUGUGUUGGAAAAAAAUAAGAAAUAAAACUCAUCUAUAAUUCCAACAGGUGAGUCAGGUUUGUCGUUAAGAGACCAUAGAAUGCUGCUGGUUUACAGUUCAUUUUUCACUUUAUAAUUAGUGUCAGUGUACAUGCUGUUUAUCCACAGACUGGUCAGAGGAGUUAAUACUUGAGCUUUUUAUCAGAUUAUGUCAAAAUCAUCCAAAACAUGCCAUGGUGGAGUUUAGUUUGUUAGGAUCCCCAUUAGCUGCAGCAAAUGCUGCCGCUAUUCUACCUGGGGUCCAACACAUGCGUACAAUUACAUAACAAUGCAUCAUUGUAACAUAAAAAAAAAAAAAAAAAAAUUAAAAUCCAAACAAACAAAAAGAAACAGUAAACCAAAACACACUUCACAGACAGUACAGUUAUUCAAUAUUGUAAAUUAUAAGUGGCCCUUCAGUCACCAUUUCACUUAAUGUUCCCAACACAUUUCCAAAUCA